AUGGCUGGAAAAAAUGUGUCUCGUUUUGCCUUCGAGGCAGUUCUAGUGAGCAUUGUUCUGUGCAUUCCCAUUGUUAUUUCUGACGAUACAGUACCUAUUCCAGCUGACAGUGCUCAAAUAAACAGUUGGUUUGAUGGCAUUGUUCAACCACUAACUGCCCGGAAAGCCACCUUGGACCCGGCUCUAGUAACCGCGGAGGCAGAACCCAAGGUGAUUAAAUUGAAGAGUGAUGGAAGCGGCGAUUUCAAGACUAUUAGUGAUGCCAUAAAAACCAUCCCCGAUGGAAAUACUAAACGCGUUAUUUUAUCUCUUGCGCCUGGAAAUUACAGUGAGAAGGUUAAGAUUGGAAUGUAUAAACCAUUUAUCACUUUCUAUGGGGAAGAUCCAAAUGAUAUGCCAGUUCUUGUGUUUGGUGGAACAGCAGAAGUAUAUAACACUGUGGAGAGUGCCACUUUGAUUGUGGAAUCAGAUUACUUCAAUGCUGUUAACUUGAAAAUUGUCAAUUCCGCACCAAGACCGUACAGAAAAAUGGAUGGAGGUCAGGCAGCUGCAUUGAGAAUAGGUGGUGACAAAUCAUCUUUCUAUAAUGUCAAGCUCUAUGGAUUUCAAGAUACCCUUUGUGAUGAUAGAGGAAAGCAUUUAUAUAAAGACUGCUACAUUGAGGGCACUGUUGAUUUCAUCUUUGGCAGCGGCAAAUCCAUCUAUCUGAACACAGAGGUACAUGUGAUUCCCGGGGAUCCAGUGGCUUUUAUCUCUGCACAAGCAAGAGUAAGUGACUCAGAGGACACAGGCUACUCGUUUCUGCACAGUAAGAUUACUGGCUCGGGCGGUGUAGCCUAUUUGGGCAGAUCUUGGAAGCCAGCUGCUAAAGUGGUGUAUGCCUACACAGAAAUGAGUGAUGUUGUUAACCCUGAAGGAUGGUCCCUUCUUGAACCUGGACAUGAAAAGUCAGUAUUCUUUGGAGAAUAUAACAACAAAGGCCCUGGAGCAAACUUGGAUAAACGUAAAUACAAUAAGAAGCUAACUGAUGCAGAUGCUAAACCAUUCAUCAGCCUUGCCUUUGUAGAGGGUUCCAAGUGGAUACUUCCUCCUACAAAAGUUUAA